AUGCCCAGAAGGCCACCACGUCAUCGCAUGGUAAUAAAAGAUAACAUACAAGGCAUCACCAAGCCAGCCAUUCGUCGACUUGCUCGUCGUGGUGGUGUGAAGCGUAUCUCAGGUCUGAUCUACGAGGAAACUCGUGGAGUUCUGAAGGUGUUCCUUGAGAACGUGAUCCGUGAUGCCGUCACAUACUGUGAGCACGCCAAGAGCAAAGACCGUCACAGCCAUGGACGUCGUUUACGCUCUCAAACGUCGAGGAUAUACUAUGUAUGGUUUUGGAGGAUAGGAACUGCAGUGAUCCAUCUGUUCUAUUUUAUGGCUACUCUUCCGUAUUCCUUUUAUGAAACACCCAGCAGUGGAUUUUUUUGGAUGCUUUCGCUUUAA